CGUGCACUUCACGCCUUUCCCCGUCCGUGCGAAGCUCAGGGAGGGAAUUCUGCAACCCCCUGGACGCGUCGGGAACAGCCGCCGGAGCUCCCUCAAGUCCGCAAAAAGUUUGUUCUCCCUUGAGAAAACGCGGCGUACGAAGUUCAGCCCCAGGGGAAGAAGCCGCGGUUCCUACCGUCGCCUUUCCUCUCCCCUCGCCGGAGCGCAGAGCGCCGCGGCAGAACCGUGUGGUUUGGGUUUCCUUCCCCCCCUCCCUCGCCCCCCUUCCACCUGAAGGAAUUUAUGACACAGAUGAAAACUGAAACGGAGCUGGAGCGGCGGCCGAGAGACGCAGUGAUGUCGCCGGGGGAUUAAACGGGGUGGAGGUGAUGUCACCGUGCCUGCACAGCAAAACGCACACAUACACGCACACCCCCCACCCCCCGGAGGAGAGGGGCUGCCAAGGGAGCGCGAUCGGCCCCACGUCACUCGUGCCACUGGUAUAAAUGCGGUCCCGCGAUGUCCAUGGCUGUCGGCGCGGCGGCUCCCGCCACUCGAGUGCAGCGGGGCUCCGGGAGGCAGCGCCGCUCCGCGCCCUUCGGCCGCCGGGACCCGCGGGGCGGCGGCGGGCGGCGGACAAGGAGGACAAGGAGGAGGAAGAGGAUGCUGCGCGCCUUGGUGGCGGUGUCCCUGUGGCUGCGGGUGAGCCCGCGGGCGCAGGGCGCGCCGUGCGAGGCGGUGCGCAUCCCCAUGUGCCGCUCCAUGCCCUGGAAUAUCACCCGCAUGCCCAACCACCUCCACCACAGCACCCAGGAAAACGCCGUCCUCGCCAUCGAACAGUACGAGGAGCUAGUGGCCACCGGCUGCAGCCCGGUCCUGCCCUUCUUCCUCUGCGCCAUGUACGCCCCCAUCUGCACCCUGGAGUUCCUCUACGACCCCAUCAAGCCGUGCCGCUCCGUCUGCCAGCGCGCCCGCGACGGCUGCGAGCCCAUCAUGCGCCGCUACAACCACAGCUGGCCCGAGAGCCUGGCUUGCGACGACCUCCCCGUCUACGACCGCGGCGUCUGCAUCUCCCCAGAGGCCAUCGUCACCGACGUGCCGGAGGAUGUGAAGUGGACGGACUUCACACAGGGUUUUAUGGUGCCAGACAGACCCCUGGAGCCUGACUGCAGGAGCCGUGGCCAGGAGCGGUGCAGGUGCAAAAAGACAAAACCUACGCUGUCAACCUACUUGGCCAAGAACUACAGCUACAUCAUUCACGCUAAAGUAAAAAGCGUUGAAAGAGGGAACUGCAAUGAGAUAACCACUGUGGUUGAAGUCAAAGACAUACUCAAGUCUUCAACGCCAAUUCCUCUGUCCCAAGUGCCGCUUCUUACAAAUUCCUCCUGCCAGUGCCCGCCUCUUCAACCAAAGCAGGAUGUUCUCAUCAUGUGCUAUGAGUGGCGCUCAAGGUUGAUGCUUCUUGAUGGAUGUCUAGUUGAAAAAUGGAAGGACCAACUAAACAGAAGAUUUAAGAGGUGGGAACAGAGACUGCAAGAACAAAAGCGGCGAACUGCGCGCAGUAAGAACCAGAAUUCGGGACGCAGUGGUCAGAGUGGAGCCCUGAAACCGCAAACCAAGAACACCAACCCAGUGAUCAGUGGCCCCAAAAAGGCCAUUAAAAUAAGAAAUGGCCAGAAAGAAAUCAACCCCAAAAGAGUAUGAGUGUGAAAUUCCCAAUGGGAAGGACUUUCCCUGCAUGAUAAGGGUCACAAUCUGGCUUGGUCGGCAUGUUUUAUUAAUCUGGAACUCAUUGACUUAAAGAAUCAUGUCAUUUUAUAAAUAGACCUCUUUGCUGCACUUUACUGUUAAAAGGUUUGCUUAUCCUUUUGAGUCACUGCAAGCCAUAGAGCAUAGGUUUGCACUAAUAUGAGGUAGGCAUAUUCCAGCUGACUGAGCUUUAUCUUUGGGCUCUGUUUUCCCAUCUAGACAGAACUAGCCUUGGCUCCCAGAGGUUUUGAUUCCUUGUACCAGUUGUCUGGUCUGCUUCCCUGCCAGAUGUUGGAGAGCUGCAUGGAGUUUCUUUCUCUCCUCAGCUGGUGUAGUGGUUGGUGAGUUAGUCUGUGAGUUAGUCUGUGAAUUAGCUGAGAGCUCACUAGACCUGGCAGCUGAAGAGCAGCAGGAGGAUGGUAACCUCUGGCAGAUAUCUCAGGCAGCAAUGACUGCAGUUGCUGGAGCUGAACCUAUCUGCUAUUUGGAAUCACAGCCCUUGUUCAGUGUGUUCAAAAGCAUAGUUUACCAUCAAGCAUCUGGGUAUGCAUUAUGUGAUUAUUUUUACGUGUGUGCCGAAAAUGUACUUACAGAGAUAGUAUUUGAUCUUGUGGGUUUGUGUAGUAAAAAAUGCAUUCAAAGCAGACAUUUAAUUUUUUAAAUUGUACUUCAGGCUGGCUUCUGUUGUUCUAAUUUCGAAUAUAUUUAAACUUCUAAUUGAAAAAUCUGUAUUUUUUUGAAAAGACCAAUUCAAGUGAACAGAUCUGUAGAAUUCUUAAAAGUAAUACAUCUGCUGUAAUAUAGCUUUGCUAUGAAAACUGGAAUAGAAGCUUUAUUCUAAAGAUAACUGACAGCUACUGUACAGUAUUACGGAGAAGAUAGGGCUUCAAGUGGAUCAUUAAUCAUUUGGAUAACUUUUUAUCAUUUGAUACCAUAUUUCUAACCUUCCUCUGAGAUUAAAUAAAUGAAUAAAUAAAUCUGCCUUGUCCCUAUUAAUGAGCUUCUCAAAGCAACUGGCUAUCUGCAGUUUUUCUUAUCAGAAAGUAACAUUUACGCUGAAAAGGGUGACGGAAAAGCAGAUUCUUUUAUUUAUGCAGUAAAGUUUACUGAUGUAACAUUUUCUGUGUAAGGUAUUAGAACAGCAAAGGUGAUACAAAUCUAAUCAAUAUAACUCCAAGGUGGCAUUUAUGCUAUUGCAUCUGAGGUGUACCUCAGUGAGGCAGCAUAGAUAAUAUAUUCUGAUUUCAAUUUCAUGUAACACACAAGAAGAUCACCAACAUUAAGAUCAGAAAAGAUCAUGAUAAAUACUUGAAAGACCCUCCUGAUUUCCUGCAGGAAGACUUAAGAGCUAGACUUGUCAAUUCUGGUAAAAUGAGGGUUUUUAUAAUAGAGAAGUUCUAUGUCAGGAAAAAAAAAAGUUCUGUGUAGGUUAUCAUAAGGAAUAACAAUUGGUCAUGUCAGCAUGUUGAUCUUUGCCAUGACAAAAAUUGCACUGAAAUUGGCAUGUGUGAAAUUCACAGCAAAAUGUGCUGGAGUGAUUCUGGUAGCAGCAAUCACAUACUUGGUAAUUUGCUAACACGAAUUUGGGACCUAGAUGCCAAGUUACAAUGUUUAAGAUCGGCAGGUGUUACAACAAAAUGGAAUAAUAGCAUAUAGAAUAAUUCGGGGGUAAAAACCAAUGGAAAUGGUCAUUGUUGAGCUUUGAGCAACUGGUUAAAAUAUACAAAGGUUAGGAGUUGAAUGUAGCACUACUGGUAAUUCUGGGCAGGUGCAGUACUUUGUUGACAAGGAACACCUGCAGAAUUAGAUCCAAAAUUCAUUCCAGGUGCCAGGAAUGCUGAACAUAUGUAGGAUAUAUUGACUUUAGUAGGAAUUAUCUGUUUGACAUGUCUAAAAAAAGAGACUACAAACUUAGGUGCUUAAAUACAGCCUGUAGGUGGAAACUUAAUCAUGUUCAGUGAAAUGGAGAAACUGAAAUGGAAAUCAAAGGAGACAGAAUUUCACUUGCAGGUGACUAAUUCAGGUUUGAAAAUGCUGACUUAAGUAAGCAUGAUUGAAAUGAUUGGAAAACUUUAAAAUAUUUUUGUGUACUGUGUAGCAGGAGUUCUUAAGUUUUGAUUACCUAUUGAUCCCAAUUUAAAGUACCCCAAUAAAUGUAUAUAUUGUUAGCCAUUAAAGAAGGAGUGACAGUCACAUAAAUGAGAUGUUGAAAUAACAAGUACUGAAGUCAUAAUAUAUCACUUCAAGAAAUUUUAUUGUGAACAUAGUCAAAUGUGGUGUUUGUUAAAUGGAACUUUUGGAACAGCUACCUAGACUCCACAGCAACAUCACAUAUUAUUUUACAACUGUUAGAACAAAACUUUUUCUUUCCAUUUUGUCAGAGGAAAAAACGUGCAAAUUAUUUUCUCCAAUGAAUUGUCACCGUUCCUUCUCCUAGUUGCUGUCAUUAGAUUGACCAUUCCAAUAUGCGAGAGUAGACAUGGAUGCACCAAGCCAGGUGUUUCCAAACUCCUUAACAUUUUUAUGUAUACUUUAUGCUGAAUAAAUUUCAAUCUGAUAUGGUGAAAAUGUGGAAGAAGGAAAGAUAAUACAACAAAAAGCAGGGGAUAUCAUAAUACAAAGAACAGACAUACAAGGGAUAAAUUAAUAAGGUAGUGUGUUUUUCCAAACCCAUUUUUUCCUUUAUUUUAAGAAGCCAUGGGUCAACCCAAUUCAUCACUAAUGCUAGUCACUCAGUUUUGAAAAUCCCCUACAAUUAUUAACUCCCUGUGACAUCAACUGCCAGCUGAAUCCAGACCCAGGAUGCCCACACCUUCC